AUGACAGAGGUAUUCUCGGGGUCGAGGUCCUCAUCCCCGUUGGUCGUGGAUGGGCCAGAUGGAUGGCAGCCAGGUCUCUUGUCUUCGACCUCUAUUACACAAGAAAUGGAAUCCGCAAUUCCAUCUGAGACAGACCGGCAAGACGACGGAUCCGAUCCAGGCCUUGAUGACGACCAGUGCUCGACUAAGUCGAUGACUGACGACGUUCUAAACUACCAAUAUCUAGAUGACAGAGCUUAUCACAGUAGAAGCUUUCGUUCCAUUUACUGGGCCCCAAAUGACGAACUGCAGAGUGAGGCGAUGGGUCUUUGGUAUCGUUGCUCCGGAUCAAGCCGCUUGGCAAGUGUGCUCAUUACUUCACAGAAAAUCUUAGAUGUUGGGACUGGGACAGGCGCGUGGGCUAUCGAAGUUGGCGAAGCUCAUCCACACGCCCUCGUGAUUGGAACUGACCUAUCACCGAUUCAGCCUCAACAUGUUCCGCCGAACGUAGAGUUCCAGAUUGAUGACUUCAACGAACCGUGGACAUUCAAAGACAAUUCGCUCGACUACAUCAACAUGCGGUUUCUGACUGGAUCCGUUCGUGAUUGGAAAUUUCUAGUGGGGGAAGCCUAUCGCUGCCUGAAAGAAGAUGGGAUUCUGGAAAGUUCGGAGCCCUCAUUUCUCAUCGAGAGCGACGACGGCACGGUGGACCAGACAAGUGCCUGGGAUCAGUGGCACGGAGUCUUCGAAGAAUACGGGGCCCAGAUUGGACAGACGUUCUCUGUAGUGCAAGAGGGCAUACAAAGACAGGCUCUGGAAGAGGCACACUUCAGUGACAUCCGAGAGCUUGACUAUAAGAUACCGAUUGGGAAAUGGCCAAGAGAUCCAGAGCACAGAUGGCUAGGACGCUGCGCCCAGUCAGCGAUUGAAAAGGACGCCUUAGGGUUUCUUCUGCGCCCGUGUACGUCGAUUGGGUGGAGUAUUGAACGCAUCGAAAAUUACAUUGCCGGCCUAGAAGCGGAGAUGGUUUCAGGCAUAACGCACCCGUGGUUUGGGUUCAAGAAGGUUUGGGGCCGUAAGGUGCCGCCAUCUUCAGUCGUACAGUAG